AUGUCCCUGAACUAUGGCUCCCUUGACCCGACCUCAGCAAGGGCACAGAAGGAGCGAAACUUGCAGAGAAAGGAGUUCUUGCGUCGGCAUGGUUUCGCUGAAGAGGACAUCACCAGUUCUCGAGACAGUCAGGGCUACCAGAAGGUUCGUAUGGAGCCUUUGUCGCCCAUCGAAGUGGCCGAGCAGACGGGCCAGCAGGGCAUCAUCAAUUUGCUCGUGGCUGCCGGAGCCAAAAGGCCCGGCAGUCCGACUUCAAGCUGCAGUCCCUUCCAGCUGCUUCGUAGGUUCACUUCAUCUUCACGAUCUUCACGAUCUUCAGGGUCUUCGUCUUCAAGUGGAACAAGUUCGACAGAAGUUGUCACUCUUGCUGCUUCUGCUCAGGGUGCCUUCGUUCUGCGAAGCUGCUUGUCCAAACGAAAGGAAGAAGAACGACGUUCAGAGUGGGUGUAA